AUGGAUGUCGAGGAAGUUUUAUCGCAUAAGAAUGGUAAACUUUACCUCGUGGGAGGCUUCUUGUAUGAGGUCGACAAGAAGCAUGGAGGUCGGCUGUACUGCCGCUGUAUAAGAACGAAGAGCGAUCACUGUCCUGCGCGGGUCACCAUAGAUAAGGACCCAGAGCUCGCCGUCGUCAAAAUGUCGACGCAGCACAGUCAUGGAGUCGAAGAUCGCGACCUCAUGAGGCGCAAUACGAUUCAACGAAUGAAGAACAUGGUGUCCGCGAGACCAGACAAGUCGUGCCAAGAGGUAUAUCGAGAAGCAUUGGCCGAUGCCGUCACUGAGUAUCAGACUCAGCACCCGACCGAAGAGAUCGGAGCAACACUGCCGAUGUAUGGCAGUGUCCGCAGUGCCCUGCAGAGACAUCGGGCAAAGGAUCGACCAACGCUCCCCCAGACUCUCGCCGAUAUCAUCCUCGAAGGCCAGUGGGCCACGACCAAGCUUGGGGUCACAUUCCUGAUGAUCGACGACGGAACAACCGAUCGGAUGCUGGGAUUCCUCACCGAGGAGGCCCUGACAAUUCUCUGCGGAGCCACGGCGGUCUUCAUGGAUGGCACGUUCAGAAUCGUGCCCUCGCUUUUCUAUUACGAGGUGGCGGCCUUGAAGGCUAUAGAGCAAGUUUUCCCCACAGCGGCGAUCAGGGGAUGUGCCUUCCAUUUCUGCCAGGCUGUUUGGAGGAACGUUCAGAGACAUGGACUCUCAACGUCAUACAGCAAUGAAGCCUCUGUCAAGAGGUUCAUUAAGUCGACGAUGGCUCUUUGUUUCGUGCCAUUGGAAAGAAUCGACGACGCGUGGAUGGAAAUCGACGCCGAUUCCCCCGGAGCGGACCACGAAGCCUUCGCAAGGCUGAGUGAGUUCAAGGAAUAUUUCAUCCGUACUUGGUUGGAGAACGACGUUUUUCCUCGCGCCAUAUGGAAUCAUCAUGGGAACUUCGAAGCCAGAACGACGAACCAUCUGGAGGGAUGGCACAACGCUCUAAACAAGAUGAUUAAGAAGUCGCAUUCAAACAUCUUCGAGCUCGUCGCUCAUCUCAAGGUGGAUGAAAACGAUUGCAGACUCCAGAGGGUCCUCUUGAGCGCUGGGAACCCACCGAAACCGGUGCUGAAGAAGCACGCUAUGCUCAAUGCGCGGUUAGUGCGUCUCACUGAGCAAUUCCAGUCGGAGCAGAUCAGUCUCAUCGAGUACGUGCGCAAUACCGGCUUCAAUCUCCAAGAUUUCGCUAGUUCUUCCUCGUCAGCAUAA